GAGAACAUAUUAUCCAUCAGUAAUAAGACAAGUCAGUACUCACUCCUAAAAAUUUUCAGCGAUCCCACUUACAAGAAGCAAUAUUAACUGAAAUGAAAAUUUUGAAGAAAGAAAAAAGUAAAAAUGUUCCCACUGCAGUGCAUAAACGCAGCCCAUCAGUAUCCCAUGCGGCCAUAUUGUACAUUAAUCUGGAUUGACGUCACUGCAGACGCCUGCACAGGCAAACUAGAAUAAACUAGGUAUAAAGGAGAGAAUAAAAAAAGAUAUUCAGACAUUAUUACUCGCAAGAUGGGCCAAUCGAGCAAGAACCAGUACGACAUAGGAAGGUAACGUUGUGGUCAUGUAGGUGGCUGUUGAAAAAUAAAUAAACGGGAAAUAUAUAGCUGGCAGCAACGAAGUGGCAGUGCUACAGUCGGCUACGAUGUAUAGUCGUGUGUAUUCGAGCCCGCAGUGAAAGGAAGGAGUAAAGUUAAUCUGUAGUGGGAGAAAGAGUGAGAGAGAGAGAGACACGGAGAAAUAGCGUGUGCACGAAAGAGAGAAGUAGAGACAGAAGAAGGAGACACAGAGCGCACUGGCAUCGCUGCUGAGGUGUGGACUCGGUUCAGCAUAGGUUCUGCUGUUAGCUGCAUCCGUUAUGACGGCACGACGAUAGUUGACGAGAUACGCGCGGCCAGUGUUUAGUGUUCGUUUGGUGCGCGUACAUAAUAGAAGAUCUGGUUAGAGUCAUCGUGAACCCUGGUCCAGUGUUCAGUUAGAAACCCUAGAAAAAUUCGUCCGUGCGAUGAAGCUUCCUCACGGUCCACGUUUUUGACUCGGAGGAGGUCGGUUCAGUCUGUUUUUUCCUUUUUUUAUUUAUCCAUCCUCGGGCGCCGCAUCAUCGCCAAGCUUCCUCGUCUGGCAAUAAGUCUCCGGUUGUCGGUUGUUCGUGGAUUUUCGUGUGACGGUACCAUGUGCGGUCGCGCGUGUUUCUCAUCCACUGGAAUAACCUGCGUUGUUAAUUCCCGUUGAAGUUCCUUGGCUAUCUCUAAGGCGGCUUCGUGCGACGACAGUCGGCACGGGAUUCUCCCAGCAACGUCUUCUUCUCGAGGAGACACGAGAUUAUCGAAGAGGUUUUUUUUUUAUCGGCAAGGGUGUUCCCGUGUUGUGUGUAAUAUAUAUAUAUAUAUAUAUUAUAAAGCAUUUUCUGUGGCUCUUUCGAAAGAGAGUGUGUAGUCUGAGAGAGAGAGAGUGCUAGUGGAGUAUCAAGAUGGCGCAUAAUUUGGCACCGAGCGUCAACUGUUCCCUCGACGACAUCGACCUGAACGCCCUCAAGGACCCAGCUGGAAUAUUCGAGCUGAUCGAGGUCGUCGGAAAUGGAACUUACGGUCAAGUCUACAAAGGUCGACACACGAAGACUGGUCAGCUGGCAGCGAUCAAAGUCAUGGACGUCACCGAGGACGAGGAAGAGGAAAUCAAGUUAGAAAUCAAUGUGCUCAAGAGGUACUCGAAUCACAGAAACAUAGCAACGUACUAUGGGGCAUUUAUCAAAAAGUCACCACCUGGUAAGGACGAUCAAUUGUGGCUGGUUAUGGAGUACUGCGGAGCUGGCUCCGUGACGGACCUGGUGAAAUCCACCAAGGGCCAGAGUCUCAAGGAGGAAUGGAUCGCCUACAUUUCCAGGGAGAUACUUCGUGGACUUAGUUAUCUUCAUAGCAACAAAGUCAUCCACAGGGAUAUAAAGGGACAGAACGUUCUGCUCACAGACAAUGCUGAAGUCAAGCUCGUCGACUUUGGAGUAAGCGCACAACUGGACAGGACAAUAGGACGUAGGAAUACCUUCAUCGGUACGCCAUAUUGGAUGGCGCCGGAAGUAAUCGCUUGCGACGAGAAUCCGGAUGCGACCUACGACAACAGAAGUGACCUCUGGUCACUGGGUAUAACUGCUUUAGAAAUGGCCGAGUCACAGCCACCGCUCUGCGACCUUCAUCCCAUGAGAGCGCUCUUCCUGAUUCCACGCAAUCCGCCACCGCGACUCAAGUCGAAGAAGUGGGCGAAAAAGUUUCACGGCUUUAUCGAGACCGUCCUAGUGAAGGAUUAUCACCAGAGGCCUUACACAGAACAGCUCCUCAAGCAUCCGUUCAUACGGGACCAACCGACCGAGCGACAAGUGAGAAUUCAGCUUAAGGAUCACAUCGACCGGUGCAAGAAGCGCAAACAGGAGAAAGAGCGCGAGGACUAUCGGUACAGCGGCAGCGAGAACGAGGAGGAGGAACCAGCCCUGGCCGGUGAGCCGUCCUCGAUAGUUCAAGCACCAGGUGGCGACACCCUCAGACGUAACUUCCAACAGAUCCAGGAAGGUCGAACGCUCACCCAGGACGUGCCACAGCCACCGGCCAAGGACAAGGGACGACGGGAAAUUCCCGAGCCUGGACCGCCGGCUAGACCGGCUAUUCCGCACAGACUGAUCGUGGUGCCAGACCCACAGCCACCGUCGCGACCCUUGCCCCCAACGCCAAGAGACGAUCCACGUCAGCCGCACAAGGUCUCCACGCCACCUUCGAAUCACCAAGCGCCGUCGAGCGGCGGCGGAAGUGCCGCUGGCUCCGGCGGGCAGUCAGCACCGCAGAGAAACAGUCAGAUAUUUAAACCAAUGCUGCCGCCGAGGAGGCCGGAGGACUUGGACAUGCUGGCUGCUCAACUCAACGAGCUUGGUGUGUCGCAGGGCCCUGAGGCCCCGCCGAGGCCCAACAGGCAGCACAAAACGUCUGCGCCCCCGGCAUCGACAUCCGUGUCGAAUUCGGCGCCUAGCAACGAGCAGAACAGCAAGCAGAUGCCACAAUCUUCCAGUAUUCUCGAUCAAGCACUGUCAAUCGAAAGUGACAGCGACGACGAUAUCGAGGAUCCCAGCGGAAGCAAUAUGAGGAACGACGGAACCUUGUUGGCCAGUGAUCCACCCAAGCCACUCCCUGAAUUUUCUCCUUUCAGACCGUCGUCGGACUCGUCCCACAAUGCUCAGAAUUCUCACCACGAAGGUAAGCCAAAAGGUGGCGCACCAAAUCGACCUCUGCCCCCAACACCCGACGAGGAAGAAUCGGGCGAUCGCACCUUAGUCAUGAAACGAAAACUUAAUCAGCCGGACGAUAAAGCGGGAAACAACCGUCGCUCGGAAAUAGACGAGCAGCUGCUCCUGAAGGAGUGGGACUUUACCCGCUUCUUUCAAGGAUUUAACGAAAGGUUGGAUAAAAUGAAACAGGAGGUGGCAAGCAAGUCGAGUAGCGAGGAGCGUUCGUCGACCGCCACGUCAUCGUCGAGCGACAGGACCCUAAAGCGCGGUACGAUGAUCGACGGUACGAGCGGUGGCGCCACCUCGACGGCGACUACGGGAACUACGACGAACAGCAGCGCUUCGCACAAGAAGCGCGAGAGCCACCAUCAGCAGCAUCAUUCGCACAAUCAUCAGAAUCAGCCGAAGCCGCUUCACAGGCGACAGGAGUCGGACUCGAAGCUCUCGAAUGGACCGUUCAGCCGUGCCUUCAGGAGAGAGAACUCGGACUUCUUCCCGUCCACGAGGCAUUCCGCGUACCUUCACAAGUCCGACUCGAAAGCCAGUAUAUUCGCGAGCGGCAAUCGUCGCGGCAGCGAGAUCAGCGUGGCCGGUAUAUCGGGCCCUGGUAAGAAGAGCGCGCCCGGGGAACCGGUACUCACUGACUUCUCGUUUGGCGAGCGGCCCCAGAGGCCGAGGAGGGAGAAAACCGAGAGCGAGAUCGUCUUUCGCAAUCGGCAGGAUUUACGGGAACAGCUGGAGGCCCGACGGCUCGACGUCGAGGCACGUUUCUCGCGCGAGGCCGAGAAAAUGCGGAGACGGAGUUGUAGGCCGCUGGAGGCCUCCGAUACCGGGACGAUUAAGUCGACGGCUAGUACCACGGCUAGCGAGUACAGCCCUGUGACUCAGAGUCGAGAAGGCGAUCGACGUGGCGGUGAGUUCCAGCGAUCGGACUCCUCGCCAGGUUCACGGCCGAGCUCGGUACUUCCUGACCUAUUGACAUCGUCGCCAGGUCAACGCCAGGACAAGUCGACUAGCGAGGAGUACCGACAAGCAGUAAAAUCACCUCCUCUUGCGCUCCAACAGAAGCAGAGGUCCUUCCUGACCUUUGGCUUCGGCGCUGGACCUGCCAGGAGGGAGUCCCACGUGAACGUCAACGUGACACCCACGAGUCACGACCUGGCCUCGGACACACCUGAGAUACGCAAGUACAAGAAGCGCUUCAAUAGUGAAAUUCUCUGUGCUGCCCUCUGGGGUGUGAAUCUACUCAUUGGCACUGAGAAUGGAUUGAUGCUGCUGGACAGGAGCGGUCAGGGUAAGGUGUAUCAGCUGAUCAGCAGGAGACGGUUUCAGCAAAUGGAAGUCCUCGAGGGACAGAACAUCCUCAUCACCAUAAGCGGAAAGAAGAAUAGAGUACGAGUUUAUUAUUUGUCCUGGCUGAAGAGCAAGAUCCUACGUACCGACGGGCACAGCGACCAGCAAGUGGAGCGACGCAACGGAUGGAUAAACGUCGGCGAUCUCCAGGGCGCCGUACACUUCAAGAUAGUCAAAUACGAGCGAAUAAAGUUCCUCGUUAUCGCCCUCAAGGACUCGAUAGAGAUCUACGCCUGGGCACCAAAGCCCUACCACAAGUUCAUGGCCUUCAAAUCGUUUGGAGAACUCGCCCACAGGCCACUCCUCGUCGACCUCACCGUUGAGGAGGGCACCAGGCUCAAAGUCAUCUACGGGAGUGCCGAUGGGUUCCAUGCCGUCGACCUGGACUCCGCUACUGUCUACGAUAUCUAUCUACCCAAGCACACUCAAGGCCCCAUUUGUCCCCACUGCAUCGUCAUGCUACCCAACAGCAACGGGAUGCAGCUGCUCCUCUGUUACGACAACGAGGGCGUAUACGUGAACACUUACGGCAGGGUAUCGAAAACCAUGGUCUUGCAAUGGGGCGAGAUGCCUACGAGCGUCGCGUACAUUGGCACCGGGCAGAUAAUGGGCUGGGGAAACAAGGCCAUCGAGAUCCGGAGUGUCGAGAGUGGACACCUGGAUGGCGUCUUCAUGCACAAGAAGGCUCAACGGCUCAAGUUCCUUUGUGAACGUAACGAUAAGGUGUUCUUCUCCUCGGCGAAAAGCGGAAGCUCCUGUCAGAUCUAUUUCAUGACAUUGAAUAAACCCGGCAUGGCCAACUGGUGAUCCCGAAUUAGGCCACGCCUGGCCCCACCAUCGUCGCGAGUAUCAUCAUCAUCACCAGCAUAUCCACCGCGUGUACUAGGAUACUGUCCGGUACGUCCCUUGACUCACUGUUCACUGCCAGGUGCUACUAUGACUGGAAUGACACGGUGCACUCAUCGGCAUCAACGUAACAACAGCAACAGCAACGGCAGACCGCAGUACUUGCUCCACUCGUUCCAAAAUACCCAAAGGACACUGAACGUCAUCAAUCUCCUUGUAAAAAGGUUUCUAUGCUUUUUUAUGUGCCCCUGCAGUAACAGCACCCCGUGCAGCAGCGUCUAGUGAUAGGAAAUAGAAUGAAGAAGUAAUAUAACGUGUGGCGAGAUAUUACGAAUGGGAGAGAGACAGAGCUGACGACGAUUACUAUAUGGCUAAGGAGCCUCUGUCUGGAGCUUCCUCGAGAACUUUUCGUUUUCCGGGGGUUAUACGUAUUAUAUAUAAAGAUAUGUACCAUCGUCACAUCGUCUUACUGUUCUUCGUCCCCGAAGAAAGAGGGGAAAAAAAGAAAGGAAGAAAAUCCAUGAGAAUUCGUUUGGUUUUCCCUUACGUUUUCUUCUGAUCUUCCUGCCUCGCCGGAAGUCACGGGGGAAAAAAUAGCGUGUCUGCGUUUUUCUCGUAUACAGUAAGUUCUGCGCGUGGGCCGACAGCAGGCUCUUUUUUUUUUUUUUUUUUUUUU